AUGCCAGCACAGGGGCUGGUGAGUGGCGCUGCUCACAAGAAGUUCUCCCCCCGCUGCACCGACACCGGUGGGCAAAUGCGGGAGGGCUUGGCCCUCAAGCCGCAGUUCGUCGACCUCAAGACCGGGCGUCAAGCCCUGAUGAUGCAUGCUGAGCCGGGAGCUGACCAGCAUGAGUCCCGAGUGCAACCUCACCACGGGGAGCCAACGAGCCGGAGCCUUCUCAUUGACGUUCCAUCUCCGCCUUCACAUUUCGCUGACGGCAAUUGGUGCAUCGUCCAGCGACAAAAGUCGCCAGCAAGCGCGCGCUCUCAGCAGAAUUCCUUGGACCCCAUUGCUUUGCAGAAGGAAAGGAAAGGGAGAUUAAUCUCCCGUUCUGGUCCCACCAGCCACGUGUUUACGGAGGGGAGCCUUGUUCCCCAGACCCCUGUUCAUCAAACCUGCAGCGCCGUGUGCCGCGUAUCCGCAGUGUGA